AUGGCAGUUGUAAAUGCGAACUACGAAUUCAUUAUGGCAGACAUUGGAACUAAUGGUUGCGUAUCAGAUGGAGGAGUCAUUGAUAAUACAGAAUUUGGUAAGCGACUCAAAGAUGAAAAGCUCUGCAUCCCACAUGAGUCAGACCUACAUAGUGAGAAGCGAGUAUUCAACUACAGGCUGUCAAGGGCACGGAGAGUGGCAGAAAAUGCCUUCGGCAUUAUGGCUUCCCGGUUUAGAAUUUUCCACACUUGUAUAAAUCUCAAAUUGACAAGUAUUGACAAAGUUGUCAUGGCAUGUGUUGUGCUACAUAACUAUUUGCGGAAAGCAUGCCCUUCAGACUGUUCCCCAGAGGACUGCUUCCAUAGGGAGGAUACAAUAAGCAAGAUGAUUUUGCCGGGCUUAACUGCAGAUCCUAAUUAUUUAGCAGGUUUGCAACACGGUCAGGGAUCACGAAACUAUCCUGAAAUUGCAAAGGUAGUAAGAGAUAGAUUUAAGGAUUACUUUGUGAAUGCCGGUGCAGUAGCAUGGCAAAAAGACUUCAUAUAA